AUGGGCUUGGCAGGGCCACUUGAUGCUCUUGAUUUCUCUGCAUUGGGAUCGCUCCUCCGUCUCAAUCUCUCUUACAAUCAGCUUGGUGGGGCAAUUCCUUCGACCAUCUCGGCUCUCUCCAGGCUCGUAUCUCUUGAUCUCACUAGCAAUCAGUUCACAAGCAAAAUCUCGGUUGGAAUGGGCUCCAUGAAAGAGCUUCGAUUCUUGAGUCUUAGCCAGAAUCAAAUAGUUGGUGCUAUACCUCCAUUUCUUAGCAACCUCAUCGGCCUUGUGUCCUUGCACUUGGAGGAUAAUAAGCUUGUGGGUGUCAUUCCUAAGGAGUUAGGGAGGCUCCACGAAUUGAUGUAUGUGGAUAUUGGAGUCAAUAGGCUCUCUGGAUCAAUCCCAUCUAGUUUAGGAAAUUUAACAAAGCUCUACCACUUGGAUCUCUACCAAAAUCAAUUGACUGGAGUCAUCCCUCGAGAAUUGAAAAAUCUAGUUAAUCUCGUUUACCUAUCAAUCGCCGAUAAUACUCUAACAGGUGAAGUUCUCUCUUCUUUUGGAAACCUAAGUAAGCUACAAUUAUUUUCGCUAUGGAGAAAUAAGCUAUCAGGUCCUAUCCCUUUUGAGAUUGGAAACCUUAUUGAGAUUACCGAUCUUGAUUUCUUUGAAAACCUAUUAACCAAUUCAAUUCCUUCCUCUAUAGUAAACAUGACCAAAUUAGAGAGUCUAUACCUUUGUGGUAAUCAACUGUCAGGUUUUAUUCCUCUUGAGAUUGGAAAUCUAAUUGAAGUUACUGAUCUCUCACUCUCAAAAAACCUUUUAACUGGUCUCAUUCCUUCCUCUAUAGGAAAUAUGAUCAAAUUAAAUAUUCUUUACCUUCAGGAUAAUCAAUUAUCUGGUUUUAUUCCUCUUGAGAUUUGGAAUCUAAUUGAAGUUACUGAUCUGGCACUCUUAAAAAACCUAUUGUCUGGUCCCAUCCCUUCUUUUAUAGGAAACAUGACCAAACUUAGAAAACUAGGUUUAUUAGAUAAUCAGUUGUCUGGACCUUUGCCUACGGAGAUCAACAACAUUACUGGACUGACUUACCUAGUGCUGUCAAAUAAUAACUUCGUUGGUUAUUUACCCCCAGACAUAUGCAAAAGUGGAGUCCUACAAUACCUCAUUCUUAGCAUGAACAACUUCCAAGGUCCCAUUCCCACGACCUUGAAAAAUUGUACGACACUAAAAAGGGUCCGUCUUGAAUACAACCAACUCACCGGAGAUGUAUCUCAAUGUCUUGGAGUGUAUCCCCAUCUUUAUUAUAUGGAUUUGAGAUUCAAUCUACUCUCCGGUACACUCUCACUAGACUGGGCAAAAUGGCACAAUCUGACGCGACUGAGAAUCUCAAACAACAACAUCACCGGAGUCAUACCCACCGAGUUUGGGCAGUUGACGAAACUGCAAGAUCUGGACCUCUCUUCCAACUACCUACAAGGAGAGAUCCCAAAGAGCUUCGGCAGCUUAACCCUUCUCUACAAUCUGAGCUUGGGCAACAACCAACUCGUCGGCCAG